ACAUAAAGUUUGGGUUAUGUUAGGUUGGGUAAUGGCGUGAUAUUUUGAAAACUUGAAUACUAUAAUACAAAUUUAUGAAGCAAGAUUUUUGGAGAAAACGAAUAAUAUUAUUUUAAAGGAAAAGCAUUUGUGUUAAUAACAAUGACGCGGCAUGCGAGGAAUUGUACUGCAGGUGCUGUGUACACGUAUCACGAGAAGAAGAAAGAUGCUGCGGCGUCAGGUUAUGGCACAAACACUCAAAGAGUAGGCAAAGACUCUGUAAAGGAUUUCGAUUGCUGUUGUUUGACUCUACAGCCUUGCAGAAAUUCAGUAGUAACAAAAGAUGGCUAUCUGUUUGACAAAGAAGCAAUAUUAGAGUACGUUUUGACCAAAAAGAAGGAAUAUACAAGAAAACUGAAGGAGUAUGAAAAGCAGAAGCGAAAGGAAGAAGAGCAAUCACAAGAGCAAACUGCUACUGAAGAACUGAAGAAGCUUCAGGAUUUCUUGAACAGUGAAAAAACUAUUGUAUCAAAAGGUCCUAGUGCGAUAGAUCGAGCUUCAGUAUCUAAUAUGAAAAAUGGCAAAGAUAAAGUACUGCCAAGUUUUUGGAUACCUUUUAAGACACCAGAGACAAAGGAAUUGGUCCUAAAAAAACCUGAUAAAACAAUUUACUGCCCUAUCAGUAGUAACCCAUUGAAAGUGAAGGAUCUGAUUCCUAUCAAAUUCACACAAGUUCGAGAUCCUGAUGACAAAAGGUCACUCAUUGUUAAACAAGCACGAUACAUGUGUCCUGUUACACAUGAUGUCUUGGGCAACAGUGUUCCUUGUGCUGUGAUAAAAACAACCGGUGAUGUGAUCACUAUGGAAUGUGUGGAAAAGUUGAUAAAGAAAGACUGGAUCAAUCCUUUGGAUAAUUCCAAACUGACGCCGCAAGAUAUUAUUCCUUUACAAAGGGGUGGUACUGGUUAUGCAUCUGUUAAUGACUCGUUAGAAGGCAGACAUGAGAGGCCGGUUUUGCAGGUGUGAAGAUCAAUUUUCGUCAUUCCAUUGUACAUGGGUUUUAAUGUAAAUAAAAACAGGAAGAGAAAGAAGAUUGAAAGUAGUGCAGACAAAAGUGCAAAUAAAAGGAAUAUCUAAUCGGCGGGGGAUGAGGACGAUGGCGCCAUCUCGUCGUAGAAAGCUCACAGAGACGCGCGCUCCGCCGG